CUCUUAAAGCCUCUGAAACUCCUUAAAUUGAACUCUUUACAAGAACCAUAUACAACCUUGUUAAGAAACCUCAAAAGCCUUGUACUUCAUUAGGGCUCUUUGAACUUAGCUAGAAGUGUAUGUUGCAGUUGCACCAUCAUCCUUCAUAGAAGAGCUUGUGACCAGAUUUUUUCCAGCUAGCAAUGGCAGAAAAAAAACUGGGUUUGAUGGACACACAUAUCCAACACGAACCACAUCAGAAAAUACAUCCAAUGGAUCCGGAAGCGCCGCCACCACCUACAGUUCCAUUGGUGCCACAAGAUUUAACAAGAUCAGAGAAAGGUGAUCCAGUCGAGCAACACCCUCCUCCGGUGCCCCGCCAGAUUUUUCCGAUCGUCUACUCGGAGCCGCCGCGAAAGAAAAGAAGUUGUUCUUGUUGCAGGUGCUUGUGUUGGACAAUUAGCCUCCUCAUACUCCUAGUGAUUAUCAUUGCAGCUACUAUUGGAAUUCUUUAUAUUGUCUUCCAACCAAAGAUUCCAUCAUACUCCAUAGAUCAUCUUAGGAUCACUCAGUUCAUGAUCAACACAGAUAUGAGCCUUUCUGCUAAAUUUAUCAUCAGGCUUACAGCAAGAAACCCUAACAAGAAAAUAGGAAUAUACUAUGAAGAUGGGAGCAACAUUAGUGCUUGGUAUACAAGUACUAAGCUAUGUGAAGGGUCUUUACCAAAAUUCUAUCAGGGUCACAAGAACACAACAGUUCUUGAUGUGGAAUUAACUGGUCAAAUUCCUGAUGGAAAUACUGUUGUUCAAGCAUUAUCUCAGCAACAACAGACAGGUAGUAUUCCAUUGAUUCUUAAUGCUAAAGUUCCAGUGAGGAUGAAGCUUGGUAGAUUGAAGCUUAUGAAGGUGAAGCCCAAUGUUAUGUGCAAUUUGGUGGUGGAUAGCUUGACUCAGAAUAAUUUUAUUAGCAUUAAAACUAGUAGCUGUAAAUUGAAAUUUAAGCUUUAGUUUCUUUUCUUACAUUUUCUUUUUUGUUUAUUAUUAUUAAAUUUUUUUUUUUCCAUAAUAGAGGGACUUUAAUUUUUCCAAAGUGUGGGGAUUACGUAUGUUUAUCCACUUGAUUUGUUGAUAUAUACUGCUAUGAAUAAUUCAUUUAUUGGGUUAUAUUGUGUGAAA